GGGCUGCCCCCUUUUUCCUCUCCGGUAGACUGGGACCAAACCCUACUAAGCGAGCAAAAAACGAACUCCUACUACUGCUAGAACCAGCCUCUAUCCCACCCCCUUUAUUGGAGACUGCGCCCCCUGCCUUCAUUUUCAUCGCUUUGCUGGAACUGCUGGUAGCUUGAAGUAGGGAGUCAGGCGGGCGUGGACGGCGCGUGUUGCAAUAAUGCUGAGAUGUUUGGUAUCUCGCACUAAGGCCAAGCUCUUUGUGCUCUUUUCGCUGAUUUCUAUAAUUAGAGGUGAUUGUGGAACUCCUCCAAAAUUAAAGAAUGCAGUCUGUGAGACAAAUGUUGAUGCAGUGAGCUUCCCUAUUGGUACAGUAGUAAUUUACAAAUGUCUGGAUGGAUUCUAUAAUAUCCAUGGGAAAUUAGAUGUUACAACAUGCCUUUCAAAUUCACAGUGGACAGAUGUAGAAGACUUUUGUGAAAGCAGUUGUUCUGUACCAACUAGUUCAAAAUAUGCUCAACCAAAUCCAGAAGAUGCAUUCAGGAGUUACUUUACUGCUGGAACUACUGUGACCUAUAUUUGUCGCCGAGGCUAUGACAGAAUCCCUGGAGUGAGUCCAGUUGUAACUUGUCUUCAGAAUAACACUUGGUCAGAAGUCCCUGUUUUUUGUAAAGGAAAAUCAUGUGGCGAUCCAGGAAUACCACAAAAUGGCAGAGCUGUUAUUCUAACUGAUCUCCUGUUUCGAGCAAAAGUGAAUUUCACUUGUGACGAAGGGUACAGAUUAAUAGGAUCACCUUUUACCCUGUGUUUAGCGAAGAGUAAUACUGUUAAAUGGAAUAAGGAGCCUCCAGAUUGUCAACCAAUCACAUGCUCUUCUCCUCCAAGUAUCAGUGGGGGCACUUAUGAUGGAGAAGGAAGUAUUGAAAAAUUUGCCUAUAACUCAACAGUAACUUACAGAUGCGAUAAUGACUCUUUACUAAUUGGAGAGGCUUUUAUUUAUUGCACAACUAAAGAUAAAACAAUGGGAAUCUGGAGUGGCCCUGCACCUGAAUGUAAAGAUUACAGUAGCCACCACCCAUCAUAGCAACAGGAGGAACUGAAAUAAAGACAAGAGUGUAGUGAAGAGGCAUCAGCAAACUACUGCACAUUAAGGCAGAAUCAUCUUUUAAAUGUUCCAUUCACUAAAUACAGUCACAAGUUUAGAGUUCACUAUUUGAAAGGAAAGCACAUCCUUUGUACAUAAUGCUAUGAACAGCUUCCUGAAAGCCUGAGUGUCAGUGCUUGGUCAUAACCUUUAUUUAUUUUAACAAGGCUCAGAGACUAAGAUUAUCUUGAUAUGG